AGCUGUGGGAUUGGCAGGACCUCUGUAUGGUACUUCCUCAAAAUGCCCCAUCACAAACACUCCUGUCACAAAGGUGCCUCAGCACUGCUCCAACAUCAUUCAGCUCCCACACGAAAGCUACCUGUAAUACAGGUGUGGGCAGCAGGACGAUGGAUUUAAAGGUCAUACUGGCUGUGCUGUGUCUCAUUGGAGGAUGUGCUAUCCAGGUAGUCCGUUCAGAUAAUACUACAACAGGAGUGCCUGAUGUUUCUUCUACACAAACGCCACUAAAUAUAACAGCUGGAACAGAGAAUACCAGUCAACCCACUCCCUCUCCUACUGUCAGUGGAACCCCAGCAACUUCUCCUAUCAGUGGAUCCCAGCCUACUGACCCUGUCAGUGUAUCUCAGCCAACUCCUACUGUCGGUGGAUCCCCUCCUACUCCUUAUGCUAGUGAAUCUCCAUCAACUCCUCCUGUGAGUGGAUCCCAGCCCACUUCUCCUGUCAGUGUAUCUCAGGAAACUCCAACUCUCAGUGGAUCCCCUCCUGCUCCUCACGCUAGUGAAUCUCCAUCAACUCUUCCUGUGAGUGGAUCCCAGCCCUCUUCUCCUGUCAGUGUAUCUCAGCCAACUCCUACUGUCAGUGGAUCCCAGCCCACUUCUCCUGUUAGUGUAUCUCAGGAAACUCCAACUCUCAGUGGAUCCCCUCCUGCUCCUCACGCUAGUGAAUCUCCAUCAACUCUUCCUGUGAGUGGAUCCCAGCCCUCUUCUCCUGUCAGUGCAUCUCAGCCAACUCCUACUGUCAGUGGAUCCCCUCCUACUCCUCCUGUCGGUGGGUCACAGUCUACUUCUCCUGUCAGUGGUUACCCUAGUACUUCUCCUGUCAGUGGAUCCCUACCUACUCCUACUGUUGGUGGAUUGCCACCGACUCCUUCUGUCAGUGGAUCCCCUCCUACUUCUCCUGUCAGUGUAUCUGAGCCAACUCCCACUGUCAGUGGAUCACAACCUACUUCUCCUGUCAGUGGAUCCCCUACUACUUCUCCUGUCAGUGGAUCCCCUAGUACUUUUCCUGUCAGUGGAUCCCCUAGUACUUUUCCUGUCAGUGGAUCCCCUCCUACUCCUACUGUCGGCGGAUCGCCACCAACUCCUCCUGUCAGUGGAUCCCCUACUACUUCUCCUGUCAGUGGAUCCCCUCCUACUCCUACUGUCGUUGGAUCGCCACUGACUCCCCCUGUCAGUGGAUCCCCUUCUACUUCUCCUGUCAGUGGAUCCCCUCCUACUCCUACUUUUGGUGGAUCCCUUAGUACUUCUCCUGUCAGUGGGUCUCCUCCUACUCCUACUGUCAGUGGAUCGCCACCAACUCCACCUGUCAGUGGAUCCCCUACUACUUCUCCUGUCAGUGGAUCCCCUCCUACUCCUACUGUCGUUGGAUCACCACCGACUCCUGCUGUCAGUGGAUCCCCUUCUACUUCUCCUGUCAGUGGAUCCCCUCCUACUCCUACUUUCGGUGGAUCGCCACCGACUCCUCCUGUAAGUGGAUCCCCUUCUACUUCUCCUGUCAGUGGCUCUCCUCCUACUCCUACUGUCGGUGGAUCACCACCGACUCCUCCUGUCAGUGGAUCCCCUUCUACUUCUCCUGUCAGUGGAUCUCCUCCUACUCCUACUGUCGGUGGAUCGCCACCGACUCCUCCCAACAGUGGAUCCCCCCCUACUUCUCCUGUCAGUGGAUCUCCUCCUACCACACCUACAACUACCACACCUACAACUACCACACCUACAACUACAGCUGCUCCACAAAAACCAUUUUUCCCUGUAACCUUUAGCUCACCUGAACCAUUCAAACCUGAAUUGUCAAACAAAUUUUCUUCAGAAUUUGUUGACCGAGCAAAAAAGGUCAAGGAUGCACUCGAGCCUGCAUACAAAAUAAAAUUUGUCAACUUCCUUUACAUUGAAGUGCUAUCUUUCAAGAGUGGCUCAAUUAUAACUGAAACGCAGAUUGUGUUCCAGCCAAAUGCAGCACUUCCUGAUGUGUCCAAUGUGAGUACUACAUUAAAGGAGGCAGCCAGCAAUGCUUCACUGGGCUUUAACAUCACAGCAGACUCGAUCAACGUCAGCACAGUAGUCAUACCAACCAAUCCCCCGCCGGUCACAGCUGUUCCUUCUACGGCCACAUCAGCUGUUCCCCUUGUCAAUGGCACCCAGUCUACACCACCUGCCAGUACAUCACAGUCUACACCUGCUGUGAAUGGCACCCAGCCUACACCACCCGCCAGUACAUCACAGUCUACACCUGCUGUCAAUGGCACCCAGCCUACACCACCUGCCAAUAUAUCACAGACUACACCUGCUGUCAAUGGCACUCAGCCUACACCACCUGCCAAUAUAACACAGUCUACACCUCCUGUCAAUGGCACCCAGCCUACACCACCCGCCAGUACAUCACAGUCUACACCUCCUGUCAAUGGCACCCAGCCUACACCACCCGCCAGUACAUCACAGUCUACACCUCCUGUCAAUGGCACCCAGCCUACACCACCUGCCAAUAUAUCACAGUCUACACCUCCUGUCAAUGGCACCCAGCCUACUCCUCCUAUCAAUGGAACAUCAGCACCAUCUACCACAGCGACUCCAAGUACCACAGCAACUCCAACUACCACAGCAACCCCAACUACCACAACAACCCCAACUACUACAACGAUCCCAACUACUACUACAACUACCGCAGCUGCACCAACAACACCAUAUUUCACACUGUCUUUCAGAGAACCUGAUACAUUUGUAGCAGACUUGGACAAUAGAGAUUCUCCGGUUUUUAUCGCCCGUGAGACUAAAGUCAGGAAUGCACUUGAGCCUAUAUACAAAAGAAAAUUCCUCAACUUCCUCAGAAUCAUUGUGCGCAGAUUCAGGAGUGGCUCAGUUAUAACUGAUACAGAAGUUGUUUUCGAUUCUAAUGGAACUCUCCCUACUCCUUCCAAUGUGAGCGCCACAUUACAGGAGCAACUCAUCAAUGGUUCAUUGGGGCUUAAUAUUACAGGAGACUUGAACGUCAGCUCAGUAGUCAUUCCAACCUCAUCCCCAACAACAGUCAGUGUGACUGUAAUCAGUACAACCGGGGCUGCUACUUCAGUCAGUGCACCGUCCACCACCCAGUCUUCUUCUACAACCACGACAUUGUCCACCACUCAGACAUCAACAACUGCAUCAACAGCCACAACUGUAACAACAACUGCAUCAACAGCCACAACUGUAACAACAGCUGCAUCAACAGCCACAACUGUAACAACAGCUGCAUCAACAGCCACAACUGUAACAACGACUGCAGCCCCCGCAGUUGCCUCAUCAUUCAACGUGUCCUUCAGCAUUAACGAGACCUUUGAUUCAGCCCUGUCUGACAGUACCACCACCCAGUUUAAAACACGCGCUGCAAACAUCACCACUCAGCUUGAACCAUUUUUCAAAAAAUCGUUCAAAUAUUUCGGCCGUAUGCUGAUCUGGAGAUUCCGGAGUGGCUCCAUUUUGGUCGAUUCCAACAUUACCUUCACGUCCAAUCAGUCUCUCCCGAAUACCACCCAAGUGAAAGAUUCCAUUGUUGAAGCCAUUAACAGCGGCAACUUGACCUUCACUAUUAGUGUUAAUUCUAUCAAUGUCACUGCAGGCUCCACUGCACUAGGAGUGACUAGCUCAGCUCCUCUGCUCUGGAUCUCUCUGAUAACCAUUCUGCUUUCAAUGAUGCUGCACAACUAACCACAACCCAAUCUUGUGGCAUCACAACAUAAACACUCCAAAAACAACAUGAAACAUGUACCAGUUAAAGCUCUCAAGAAAUGUAUUGUAAUACAGUGAAUAUACAAUACUGUCUAUGUUUACUAUAUUUGUCUAUGUUUAAUACUAAGCUAAGUUUAAGCUCUGUGGUUUAAAGGAAGGCAUUUCUUAUGUUAUAUGAAGGGUUUUUCAUUUGUAUACAAAACAUACAAAUAUACUUCUACAUUUAUACAAAUAUCAUUGGAUAUUUAAUGAAGGCGAAAUCUCAGUGGUAAGGACUUGCCUGAAAAUUCCUCCACAUCCAAAUUAUUGAUUAAAUGGACAACUUCAUAUAUCUAAAGAAAUGACACUGUUAUGAUAUGAAACUACCAAGCACUUAAAUCACCUAUAUCUGAACCUAUUGUAAACAUCUACAUACUUGUUUAAAUGGUAAUGCUAAAACCAGUAGCUAAUGAAGUUGCUAUUUCUAUAAGUUCAUAUUUAUUGAUUCUGUAAUAACUGGAAUUUGAUUAAAGCUGCAUUGUCAAAUAAAUAAUAAAACAUAAAAUUA